CUUUCUAUAAGCUUGGUUUAAAACAACAGCAAAAACCCCACAGAGAAACCGCUGCAGGGAUGGAGGGACAGCUGGAGGUGACAGAGUAUCCACAAGACCUUCCUGAAGCUCUGCCCCUCAAGGAAGCACUAUAAGGAGGCCACACUGACCAUGGACCAGGUCAGCUCCCUUCCUGCUCUGAGGGUCAACCCUUUCAGAGACCGAAUCUGCAGGGUGUUCUCCCACAAUGGCGUGUUCUCUUUCGAAGAUGUCCUGGGCAUGGCGUCGGUGUUCAGUGAGCAGGCCUGCCCCAGCCUGAAGAUCGAAUAUGCCUUUCGCAUCUAUGAUUUUAACGAGAACGGCUUCAUCGACGAGGAAGACCUCCAGAAAAUUGUGCUAAGGCUGCUGAAAAGUGACGACGUGUCUGAGGAUCUGCUGAUGGACGUCACGCACCACGUCCUGAGCGAGUCAGAUCUGGACAAUGACAACAUGCUGUCCUUCUCCGAGUUUGAACAUGCAAUGGCCAAAUCUCCAGAUUUCAUGAACUCCUUUCGGAUUCAUUUCUGGGGAUGUUGAUAUGGAGGUACCCUCUGGCCCAGCAGCCUCAAGGAAGACGACUGGACCUCCCCUGCACCCUGGCA